AUGGAACCUAAUCACUACCCGUAUUUUGUAUUAAUCCCUAAUGAUCAUUUAGAACAUGUAAUUAACAUUGGAGAUAUAUUUACAAUAAAGGAUUUACAGUUGGAUUGUAGAUUUAAAAAUUUAACGGACUGCGGUCCUAACAAUUCAUGGAUUAUCAAAAACUCUUCAAAUUUGUUAUCAGUUCAAGGGUCUGCAAAAAUUCACCAUAUACUUUAUCGAGCAAGAGAAAAAGAGACCGAAGGAAGAAUCAAUAAAAUUGGAAAUAGAUCGAGCAAGACAAAAAAAAUACACAGUUUAUGGGCCAGUUCUAAAAACUCAAGCAACGAAGCACACAUCAUCAGACAUCAAACAAAUUUCGAAUUUGAAAACAUUGAAGCUGGCCAAAAAAUACUAACUACGAUUAGAAGUGUUAAAAUCCCAAAUGGAGUAAAAGUCAACACUCACUUCAUUUUGCCUGGGAACUCAAAAUUUGGCACCAAGGACAUGAAAUUUUACAAAAGAAAAGCACACAUAAUUACAAAUCUAAAUCUAAAUUUAUAAAUCCUGCGGGAUUCUCUUAUGUUACAUUUUUUAAAUAAAUAAAUAAAAAAAAAAAAGAGAUUAUAUGCUUAGGGAUUUAUUUAAUAUAAAAUUUAAAUAUAAAAGAGGACCAGGGACGGUCCAUUGGAGGGUUAGAGGCGCUGGAGGUUAAAUUCGCCCAAAAACAGAUUUUUAAAGACCCAAAAUUUUGUGAACAAAAUUAGACUAAUCAGUAAAAAAGACGACCAGGGACGGUCUAUUGGAGGGUUAGAGGUGUAAGGCCAAGUCCAUCCUAAAAUCACGUGAACAAUAAUGGCGCUCUGAACUU